AUGCUGAUCGUGGGGUUUGGCUUUCCGGCUUCGCUGGAACCGCUCACGGUUCACAUUCCCCGACAACUCAUUGUGGCCGGCGUGCUGUUCUUGAUGGCCCUACCGCUAGACGCCAGCAGUAUGUGGCAGGCGCUGCGCCGCCCAAAGGCUGUGCUGCUCGCCGUACUGUUGAACGUGCUGGCCGUUCCGCUACUGGCGUGGCCGGUCUCCUGGCUGCUGCGAGACGAUUUGAGUGCAGGGCUGAUGAUCGCAGCGAGCGUUCCUUCCACAUUGGCUUCAGCGGCCGUGUGGACACGACGCGCCGGAGGGAACGAUGCGGUGGCCAUUCUGUGUACGAUGAUCACGAACCUGGCCUGUUUUAUCGUGGUGCCGCUGUGGUUGCUGGCCAGCACUGGGCAAGAUGUCGAACUCGACCCGCCGCUUGAAAUGAUGGCUAAGCUGGGUGUCCUGGUGGUGAUUCCAAUCUUCCUGGGACAACUGUUGCGGCUGUUCAAGCCUUGUGGAGCUUGGGCAGUACGAAACAAAGUUCCCUUGGGUGUGGUGGCUCAAUGCGGCAUUCUCACCAUGGUACUGAUUGGCGCCGUGAGUGCGGGCCAAGAGCUGGGCACGGGUGAUCGUUCGAUUGGUCCGGGCGAUUGGGUGUUGAUGAUCACCUGCGUUCUGGGCGUGCACCUGGCGGUUCUCUUCGGUGGGCACGGGAUUGGUCGGGUGAUUGGAAUCCCGCGUGGGGAUCGCAUCGCCGUGGGGUUCGGCGGCAGCCAGAAGACACUGAUGAUCGGACUGCACAUUGCCACCACCUACUUCAGCGGUCUGGCGAUGUUGCCGAUGAUUACGUAUCACGUUGGCCAACUACUGCUCGAUACGCUGGUCGCCGAUUGGCUCCGAGAGCACACUCCCGCUGAAUCAGAGGCCGAUGGAGCGGGCUUUCUGUUUCAAUCCAGCGAAAUAUACGGCGGGAUUCAAGGAUUCUGGGAUUACGGCCCUCUGGGCGUCGAGCUGAAACGCAACGUUCGCGAAACGUGGUGGCGCGAGAUGGUCACCGGCCACAACGAUCAGAUCGUUCCUCCCGGGGCUCCUUCGGCCUACCAAAUGACCGGGCUCGAGUGCACGAUCAUCAUGCACCCGCAGGUGUGGAAGGCCUCGGGACAUUACGACCUGUUCCACGACUACAUGGUCGACUGUCGUCAAUCGAAACGACGGUACCGCUACGAUCAAGUGGAAGGCCGCUGGGCAAAAGUCGGCGAGAAUCGCGCGUUCAUCGCCAUCGAGGCCGCCGGCGACGAAGGUGAGGCGGAGGUCGAGCGACGGGCGCUAAAGCACUUCAAACUUCGCGCGAAAGAUGCUGACCGGCUUUCCUGGGAUGGCCCGAUGGUGUCGCUCACAACUCUGGAAAACUUCGGAGAGGUGCUGGGGCCCGACGCGAAGGAACUCGGCACGUUGACCGAACCGCGCGAAUUCAAUCUUAUGUUCAAGACGUACCUUGGCGCAUUGGGCGGUGAGGAAAGUGCGGCAUUCCUGCGACCUGAAACCGCGCAGGGCAUGUUCGUGAAUUACAAGAAUGUUCUGGACAGCACCCGAGUAAAGUUGCCGUUCGGUAUCGCGCAGAUUGGCAAGAGCUUCCGCAAUGAGAUCACACCCCGAAACUUCACGUUCCGUUCGCGUGAGUUCGAGCAGAUGGAGAUGGAGUUCUUCUGCCACCCCAGCCAGUCGCCCGAGUGGUACAAGUUUUGGCGGGAUAAGCGUUACCAGUGGUAUGUGAACCUCGGACUGGCCAGCGAGCGAUUGCAGCUUCGCGAUCACGAUCCCGAUGAGUUGAGCCACUACUCGUGCGGGACGGCCGACAUCGAAUACGCUUUCCCGUUCUUGCCGACCGGAGAAUUUGGAGAGCUUGAGGGUGUUGCGCAUCGCGGCGACUUCGAUCUUCGCAGCCACAUGGAAGGCAAGUUGGUCCGCGAGGGUGAAGAGCUUGUUGUCGAGUCGGGUGAAGACGGUAAGCCGCGGCAUCGUGGUAGCGGAAAGGACCUGACGUACUUCGACGAUCAAACCCGCGAGCGAUUCAUUCCCCACGUGAUCGAGCCAGCCGCGGGCGCCGACCGGGCCACGCUGGCGUUUCUGUGCGAGUCGUACCAGGUAGACGACGUGCCAGAUGCCAAGGGGAAAUCUCGCGAACGCGUUUAUCUGAAGCUGCAUCCCAAGCUGGCUCCCAUUAAGGCGGCCGUGUUACCGUUGGUGGCAAAAGACGGCAUGCCGGAAAUCGCCCAGCGGAUUUACGCCGACCUAAAAGAAGGCCACAACGUGUUCUACGACGAAAAGGGAGCCGUGGGACGGCGAUAUGCACGACAGGACGAGGCUGGUACCCCGUUGUGCAUCACGGUCGAUGGCCAGACACUGGAAGACGACACGGUAACCUUCCGCGAUCGUGAUACGCUAAAGCAGUGGCGCGUGAAGGUCGACGAUUGCGUCGCCGAAUUGUCCGCUCGCAUUCAACGCGGCUUCGUGUGCACGUUAGAUGCACCCCUGGAAGCCGAUUUCGAAGAUUACGCCGCCGGUCAGUGCGAGGCGAUCGAGCUGUGGCUGGGAAAGGUGGACCAGUACCUCAAGGACCACACGGUCGAUGAUAUCCGCCGGCUUUUAGAUGAGAACGAACUCGCCGCUCCGGUGGCCGCGUUUCAGGGCGGACUGCUGGUGAGCCAGGGUGAUGCCCGACGUGAACAUUGGGAUCAUUUCGGACGACGCUUGGAGCUAUGUAAUCAGCUCGGCGUGCAAACACUGAUUCUGGCCUGCGAUGUUCACGGCCCUUUGACGCAGGAUGACCUGGAGCGUGUCAGCAUGUCGCUUGGUCAGGCGGCUGUGGCGGCAGGAGAGAAAAACGUUCGCCUCGCUCUGGAGUUUCAGGCACAGGCCACAUUCGGCAAUAACCUGCAAACUGCGGCGGCACUGGUGGCCGAAUGCGGCGAGCCCGCGCUGGGGCUCUGUCUCGAUGUGUUCCACUAUUACUGCGGUCCCAGCAAGCCCGACGAUAUUGCUUACCUCUCGAAUGAGAACCUGUUUCACAUUCAGGUUUGCGACCUUCUAGGGCAGCCACGGGAGCUGGCCAGCGAUGCCGAUCGAAUUCUUCCGGGCGAUGGUGACUUUCUGCUUGAACCGCACUUCGACAGGUCGAUCCUCUUGGAAUCAAAAGGCGCAGUCAUGCGACAUAUCGCCUGCUGGAUCAUCGCCGCCAGCGUUGUGCUCUGUUACGACGUUGGCUCACUCCGAGGUGAUGAUCCUCGUGUGCCUCCCGGUGCGCGGCAAGCCGACCUCCACAACCCGUUCUCUUCGCGCUACGUCGAUUUCCAACCCAACGGAUUGGCCCGACGUGGUAACUCCGGGAAUUUCGGAAACAAUUGUCGUCGUCGGGGCUCCGGUGGCUUCGUUGUCGUGCCUUAUUACCCAGUAUUCGGUGGUGGCUACUACCCGCCCUAUUACGGUGGCGGCUACUACGGCGGAGGAUACGGUGGGUAUGGCUACCAGGAACCCACGCGGAUUUACAAUACGACGAACGUGAACAUCAACAUAACGCCGCCUGCGAAUCAGCCCGCGGCGAAUCCUGCUCGUCCGGCCGCGAACCCGGUGCCGGGCGUUGUAAAUCGCGAUGCUCUGCCGAACUCGAAUCCCCGGGCGCGCGAGUUGAGCCGCCGCUUCAUCGGCUUUGGUGACAACCAAUUUGCUGAAGGUGAUUACGUCGACGCGCAGUUGCGAUAUCGCAAGGCCAUUAAGGCCGCCCCCGACUUCGCCGAGGCAUACUUUCGGCGGGGACAAGCGAUGAUUGCACUGGGCCAGUACGACUUGGCCGCCGAAGCCAUCAAGCAAGGGCUGCGAUUGAAGCCCACUUGGGCCAUCUCCGGCAAUCGCCUUGACGAUCUUUACCGCGACAACGACGAAGCGCAGGAAGCCCACUUGGUGGCGCUCCUUCAGGAACUUAACAAGCAACCAUUGAAUGCCGAUCUGGAAUUUCUGGUCGCUUGGCAAAUGUAUUUCGGCGGGCAGCGAGCAGGCUCGCAACGACACUUCGAGCAGGCGGCCCAGAUCGCCGAAGAUCAGCGUCACCUGGAAGGUUUCCUAGCUGUGUUCGAGCCUCAGGCCGAUCAGCAGCAGCCCAUGGGUCGAAUCGAUAUCGAGGCAGCUCAACUCGAAAAUACGCGUCCCAAGCUGCAGCCCGACCCGAUUCGUGUGGGCGCAGAAUUCUAA